AUGCGCUUACUAGUACUUCUCUGCGUCUUCCUUUACCUCGUUGGAGUGAUCCGAGCUGCACCUACAACAAAUACAACAGAUACUACUAGUGACAUUUUUAAAGCCCCAUCGUUCACCACCAGAACCCUAUGGAGCAUCAUUUCUAGCUCCGUUCUCACUCUUUUUGCAUGCGUUUACAGUGCCAUCCACCCUAAUAUUCCGAGUCCUAAGCACAGCGGCUACCCUCAUACUCUAUGGCGACAACUUGGCAUGAUGAUAAUGGCACUGAUCCUUCCUGAACUGAUCGUCACAUGGGCUAUGCGCCAAUGGUUCAGCGCUCAUCAAACGCACAGCUUCUUUGUGCUGAUGGGUGGUUUUAUGCUUUAUGUGGACGGGAAACCUUGCCUUACACUACGUCCUGAUUACAUUCUCAAACUGAUACGUGAAGGGUGUAUCGACGUCCCUACCCUAACGGCAAAGCAGAUUCACGACAGGAGUAAAGGCAAUGUGAUAUCGAAAGGAUUGGUCAUUCUUCAGGUGGCCUGGUUCGUUAUACAACUCCUCACCCGCGCCAUCUACCAUCUCGAAACCACCCAGCUUGAAAUGGGGACACUCGCUUUUGCGGUUCUCAAUUUCCUAACCUAUGCUGCGUGGUGGAACAAGCCUCUUGAUGUGCAAUGUCCACAUCCAGUGUACUGGAAGUUGACCGAGUCAAUGCCAGAGGAUCACAUUGAGUAUGUAUGCGCCUUAACAGUUAUCGCUGCUGAUCAUGUCAGCCUUAGUGUCAGUGACAGAGACGAACUCGCUCGGUUUGGGAUCUUGGCACCAUUCUUCCGCCCAAUUCUAGAAUUGUUGGGCAUUCCUGACAUACCCACAUCUCGAAAGCUCCAAGUCCCAACAUUCGAUGGCAGCAUCAAUCUCGAAGAUUCGGACAAGAACGUUCUUAAGAUUGCUGCAUUACUUAUGGCAAUCAUUUUUGGCGUCAUCUAUUAUAUGGCUUGUAUUUUUACCCUCUUCACAGGCCAGGAACAGUUCUUAUGGUUCAUGAGUGCCUCCGUUAUAAUAUGGAUACCCUUGUUUUAUGUCGUUGCUCUAUUUCGCUUGGUGCUCCUGUCCUGGCUGUCCACACCAUUUUACAUCCUGGUCUGUUCACUUCAAGCGAUAUUGUACAUCACGGCUCGUACAGUCCUUCUGGUACUGAUGUUUACCACUUUACGCGAUAUUUCUCCUGACGCAUACAAAGCGGUGUCGUGGACUAGUUUGGUGCCACACUUAUAA